AUAUAAAAACUUGUGGAAUGUUUGCCUUGCUCGCGACCGUGUUUGAAGUGCUUCAUGUUUGUAAACAUUCCAAUCACGUUUAUUUUUAUUUUAUUUUGGUGGGCCUUAAAGAAUUAUUAUCAAUAAAUUUUAUCGAAUAUAUUAAUUUAAGAUAUGUCUCGAAUAGUUGUAAAAAAUUUACCUAAAGAUAUUAAUGCAAAGAAAUUAGAAGAGGUUUUUUCGGCAAAUGGUGAAAUUACAGACUUACAAUUAAAGUAUAACAAGCAAGGAAUUUUUCGUCAGUUUGCCUUUAUUGGAUAUAAGACUGAAGAGGAAGCAACUAAUGCUAAGAAAAUCUUUCAUAAUACUUUUUUUCAUACUUCUAAAAUCCAGGUGGAGAUUUGUUCAAAUUUGGGGGAUGCAAAUAAGCCAAAGUCCUGGAAAGAAUCUUUAGAAUUCAAGAAAUCAAAGGAAAAAGAGCAGACAAAAGAUGUGAAUGUUAAGUCAUUGAAAAAAAAUGAUUUUGUACCUGAUGAACUUAAAAAUGAUCCCCAAUUCAAGGAAUAUCUUGGAGUUAAUCAAGAUAGAAAAUCUAAACCUGUGUGGGGAGAAGACGUUGAUUUAAGUAGUUCUGAUUCAGAGUCUAGUCAAGAGGACUCUGAAGAAGAAGACAAUACUGAUUAUUUUUUUCAGCUUAAAAAUGAUCCCCAAUUCAAGGAAUAUCUUGGAGUUAAUCAAGAUAGAAAAUCUAAACCUGUGUGGGGAGAAGACGUUGAUUUAAGUAGUUCUGAUUCAGAGUCUAGUCAAGAGGACUCUGAAGAAGAAGACAAUUCUGAUCAUUCAAAUGCAGAUAAAAAACAAAGUCAAGAGGAACAACAAAGUAUUUCUGAAGAAAGAAAAGAAGAUCAAAAAGAUUAUCUUAAAUCAACAACAGGCAAACAGAAAAAAUAUAAGGAGUUGUUUACAGUAAAGCUUACCAACUUACCUUAUCAAUGCAAAAAGGCACAAAUCAAAAAAUUCUUCAAUUCUCUCAAAAUAGCUAGUCUUCGCCUUCCACCGAAAAGAAAAGUAAUUUUUAAUUUCCAUAUUAUUAUUUUGCAGAAAAAAUAUAAGGAGUUGUUUACAGUAAAGCUUACCAACUUACCUUAUCAAUGCAAAAAGGCACAAAUCAAAAAAUUCUUCAAUUCUCUCAAAAUAGCUAGUCUUCGCCUUCCACCGAAAAGAAAAGGUUUUGCAUUUGUAGGCUUUAAAACAGAAAAAGAUAUGAAGCAAGCCCUGAUUAAAAAUAAAGGGUUUUUAGAUGGUCGUUGUAUACAGGUGUUAAAAUACAUUCAAAAAUGUGAAUCUGAUGGAAAACCUAAGCAAAGUGAGAAGUACCCUGAUAAAGAACUAAAUGAAGAACUUCUUGCAGAGAUACUAAUUUUAAAAAAAGGAAAGAAGCUGAAAGAAAAAAAGAAAGUGGAAGUUCUCAUAAUUGGAAUAUAUUGUUCCUUGGAAUGAAUGCUGUAGCUGAUGCCAUUGCAGAGAAAUACAAAAUUGAAAAGUCGCAAUUACUCUCAGGGGAUUCUAAAAAUAAGAAGAGUGUUGCUGUUCAAAUGGCUUUAGCUGAAACUGAAAUAGUCGAGAAAACGAGGACUUUCCUAGUCGAAAAUGGGGUACAGUUGGAUGCUUUCAGCCAGCCUACUGCUCAACGGAGUAAAACAGUGAUAGUUGUCAAGCACCUGCCAGCAAAAACCACUGCGGCUGAACUGCAUGAGUUGUUCUCCAGUCACGGAUCCAUUAAGAGGGUGCUGUUGCCACCAACAGGAGGAAUGGUGGCACUCGUAGAGUUUGAAAACCCUUCAGAAGCGAAGACCGCAUUCACUAAAUUAGCUUACAGAAAAUUCCAUUAUCUUCCUUUGUUUCUGGAAUGGGCACCCAUCAAUAGUCUGAAAGAUCCUCCUCUCAUCAAGAAAGAAGAUGUUGAGAAAAAAGAAUCUGCUGAUUCCACUGAGGAUUCUACUGAUAUUCCUCUUUCGGAAGGGACAACCAUUUAUGUGAAAAACAUAAACUUUUCUACUACACAAGAAAAUCUAGAAAAGCAUUUUAAGCAGUGUGGUCCAAUUUAUUCUGCAACUAUUUCAACUAAAAAAGAUCCAAAAACUGGUAAAUUAUUUUCCAUGGGCUUUGGAUUUGUCCAGUUCUUAAAGAAAGAGUCAGCUGUUUUUGCCUUACAAAACCUUCAACAGUCUAUUCUUGAUGGACAUCCCCUGGAGUUGAAAUUUGCGAAUCGUUCAAUUACAUCUACUCAAGCUGUAAAACGUAAAAAGUAUGAAGUGAAGGAACAAACAUCUUCUAAAAUUCUUGUGAGAAAUGUUCCAUUUCAAGCAUCUGUUGGAGAAGUUAGAGCUUUAUUCAAAGAGUUUGGUACUCUGAAGAUUGUGAGACUGCCAAAAAAACUUGGCAAAGCAAAUGAACACAGAGGUUUUGGUUUUGUUGAAUAUCAGCAUGCUGAAGAUGCUAAACGUGCAUUCGAUGCUCUGUGCCACAGUACUCAUCUAUUCAAUCGUCGCCUGGUGCUGGAAUGGGCCAAUCCUGACACGGACAAUGUGUCUGAAUUGAGAGAAAAGACUGCCAAUCAGUACUUCGAAAGUGAGCCGAUGAAAAAAGUGAAAAAAGGUCGUCUCAAAGAAGAUGUAGUAAUGGCUGCAGCACGUAAUGAAUCUCUGGACUCAGAAUAAAGUAUUUUACUGAGAAGAUUGGAGCCCAAAAUGUACAUAAAAAUAAGUAAAUAAAUAAACUUGCUGUA